AUUUGAAUUGGUUGCCGCUAGAGGACGUGAUCUAGAGAACCAAUGGAUAUCGUGAUUUGAAAUAAAAACCACAACAGGUUGGAAGAAUAAUUGAUGACAGUCGUUCUUUGUUGUUCACCCUGUACAUGUAGUCACUAGUGAUGAUGCUUCCUUGUCAAUGCUUGAUGACAUAUUGUCAUAUUCGUGACGACGAGGGUCGUUUUUUCUCUGUAAGAGAUGAGCUCCACCACACAAAGCAUCUACCGUGAAAUCAGAAGCAGUGAUUUGGUUUCUGUUACAUUCAAAACCCAAAAACGAAGUAAAUGGGAAGACUUUUCUCUCAGUAUCCUGAAUUUUCCCGAAUCCAUCAUCUGGAACCUUUUCGUUUUGAGUACAGUUGUAACCAACUACAUCAUAGUUACUCUGAACUUAUCAUUCACACCAAAUCAUCUUUUCACAUUCCUACCAUUCUACAUCACCUUCGAUUUGGUUUACAUUAUUAAUUUCGUGCUCCUGUUACUCCACAGAUUUUCCAAACCUCUGAAAACAAAGCUUCCAACAACAAUUACAACUCCACUUUUCUACCUCAUACUCGAUUCCUUUUCUAUUCUUCCUCAAGCAAUAAUGUUCGUACCCCUUUUUAAUCUUAAUCUGAGCUAUCUGAUCCCUUAUUCCCGAGUAGCAACUUUUCUGAGACUCCGAUGUAUUGCCCUCUUCAAAAACGAAUUGAAAAAGCUACAGAAAAGACGCUGGAUUUGGUGCUGUGUUCAGUACUGCCUGGUACUGUUUUUGGUCGUGCACAGUACGAUUUUCAUCUGGUACUUGAUCGAUCGCGACAAGAAGAAUUGGUCAGAGAAGGUACUCAAUGACUGAUUAAGUUCCCACAGUUGGUCCAAGAAGUUGGUACUUUAUGCAUGUUUACGGUACCAUUCAAAUUUUAUUUGGCGUUGGUUAUGGAGAUGUAUUUCCACGGAGUUUACCCGAGGUUAUCCUUUUCAUUGGAGUUUUUUUGGUUGGUCAGGUAUUGUUAGUAUGCUUAGUGGCUAGUAUGACUUUGCUAAUGAUAAAUAGCAAAACGAAUGAAGUUUUCCUUGCCCAAAAGCAAAAGGACAUUGCCAGAUACGUCGAAGAUCUAGAUCCUUUAACGAAAUCCAAAACCAACCAGUACUAUAAAACCUUCUGGACAACAAACAAUCCUUCGUUUCUAGACUCCUUACCAUCUCCUCUAAAAACCUCUCUCGUUUACGACAUGAAAUGCGGCCUGUUGCAUAGAUCGAUGCUUCUGAAGGAUUUACCUGAGCUAAUACUAACGAAACUAGCUUCUGCUAUGAAGCUAGUCAGGCAUUUGCCAGGGGAUGCGAUUUACCACCAGUAUGUUGUCAAAACGUGUAUGAUAUGUGUGGAAAAUGGAGUUUUGGAGUUGUUGCACAAUGAAGAUGGAGAAAGCUCUGUUAUUUGUUUCAGGAAGGGGACAAUUUUAGGAGAAGUAUCGCUCUUUUUCAACGUGCCUUCGAAAGGUACAGUGAGAGCUACCAAAUUCACAGAGCUGAACAUAUUGGAAAAAAGCGAUUUCAUAAGGAUCAUGCGAAAUUUUCCAGAAGUUCUGAGAGGAAUGAGGAAGACCAUCGAAAGUCGUCUAGAAGACGUUUCUGUCAAAAAAAAUCCCAUCAUCAAGCCGUUUUCGGUCACCUGUCUGAGACGGCUGAAAAGGAAAUUGAACAAAACAGUUGAAGACGAAGACAUUAAUGAAUCCAAAGAUUACAGUAAACUGUAUAAGAUAUCACGAAGGAGGAAUAUUUUCAAUGAGUCCAUAGUUUGUAUAAAGGACAGUUUUCCAUGGAUUUUACAAGAUAACUCAUAUCCGCUUAAAACAUGGAAAUUCAUUAACAACCUCAUCCAGAUCAGCUAUUGCCUUGUAUAUCCUUAUUACGUAAUUUUCCAAUACGUCAGAGAACCAAUGGUAGAACUGGGCAUAAUAGCCGACGUUUUGUGUUUCUUAGAUGUUCUUCUUCAGUGUAUCACUGCUGUCAGUAUCGAGGAACAAGAGUUGUUGAGCAGUGUCCCCAAAAUUAUAGACCAUAGAUUAGACGAUUUUAGAUUUGAUUUGGAUGUAUUUUCAUUGUUUCCAAUCGAGGUAUGGGGAUAUCUCUUCAGUGAUCCUGUAGACAGAAUCAGAUAUUACGAUUUAUUCAAAUUCAACAGACUUUUGAGAUUGCACAAAAUAAACGAGAUAAUCAAAUUAUUCAAUAAUAAUAUUAGUUCCAUCUCAUAUGUUGGAUGCGUUCUUCGAAUCACCCUGUACACUCUGUUAAUCCUCUACUAUUUCUCAUGUCUCCUCUUCUUGAAUGCAUACUUCUAUGGAGUAUGCGACAGCAACAGUUGGUACUACUUGAGUGUUUUCGAAUGGGACAAGAAAAACCAUCCCAUGCACCCAGUUGUCGAUUCGAUAUUUUUCACCACGACGGCAUUUUUUUUCAACGGAUUCGUUGAUUAUUUGCCACGUACUCGAAGCGACGUUGCCAUAGUGCUGAUGGUGAUGUUGAGUGGACUGAUUUUCAACAGUUAUUUCACUUCUCGGUUGAUUUCAUCUGGUUACUUUGAAAUAUUUCACGUGGGGGGUGCAAGAUUGAGGCCCCUUUUCAGGGGCUUUUCUUCUUUAUGUCGCAUUUCCUAUUCAUCUCGGAAAAGAAUUGAGAGGUUUUUAAAGAUCGAUCCAUGCCUGUCUUCAGAAGGAACAAAAAAGUAUAUCAACGACACUGCCUCCAAUCAUUUGACAUCAUUGAUUGAGUGCUGCAAAUUGAAUAACACCCUAGCUGAUACGCCACUAUUUCAAAUGGUUGAUGGUUACUUCCUUAAACUGAUGGAAAAAGAAGCCAAGCUACUGAAACUACCCUACAACGAGGUUCUCUACACUUUUGGAACAUCCACUCGCGAAAUGUUUGUCCUACAAGAAGGUUUCUGCGACGUGUACAACUCUGAGGACGGCUUCGACCGAAACGUCGGUCCCGGAUACCCAUUCGGCAUGCUGGAAAUGCUGUUUUGCAUCCCGAAAAAACACACGGUGGUCACAACAACAGAUUGCGUUUUCGUCCGCAUUGAAUACGGAUCGUUGUACAAAAUAAUGGGGUUAUUUCCCAGGGAGCACGAUGCUUUGGAGGAGGUGGUUCAUUGUGAGGAGAUGGUGAGGGCGGUGAAGAGGAUGCAGAUGGAGGAGGACUUGGAGACGUUUUUUGAGGCUAGGGAUCACAGAGAUCCAAAUCAGCCCUGUUUCAUCAACCUCACCAAACACUGGCCGAACUACUGCCAAGUCUUCAGACGAAAAAUGGGUUCACUGUGGCCUCUCGGUGUUCUGCUGUUGCCAGUUUCCAUCCAUCCCGAAGGAUUCUUUCUCACCCUCUGGUGCUCCGUCAGAUGUUUCCUCAUCUUCCUGUCCAGCAUUCUGGACCCGCUGACGAUCCUAGCACCACCUUUUGCCGAUGAACUGUACUGGUGGCUGGUCAUCUGCCACGCCUCCAUCUACAUCGACAUGUAUUUGUCAUUACAUAUAGCCUACUACGAUGGAAAAGGAGCGUUCAAGAUCCAUCCGGCUUAUACGUCCUGGUACUAUCUAUCGCACAGCUUCCUCCUGGACUUCCUCUGUGCUCUACCUUGGGAAAAGCUGAUGUUCAACUCGGAUCACAACGGAUCAGAAACGGAUUUGAUAGCCCCCCACCACCACCACAACGCGUGGAAGCUUGUGAAGCUCCUGCAGUUGUACAAAGUGAUCAAGUUCUUCGGGUACUUGGAGAUGGAUCUGUUCAAGCGGUUCGGAACCUUCAGAUUGGUCCAAAUCGCCUUGGCUGCGGUUGUCGUUGUGAAUGUUUUCGCCACUCUCGGUAUACGGCAGAUCUGUAGGUACCUCUUCGAUGGUGUCCCAGGGAGAGUCGAGACCAUCUGGGAGGAUGGUAACGGUACCGUUCACAAAGGUUACCUCAGCUGUGACAUCGGGUUCUGGAAAGAAAACUCACUCUUCGACCAACUGACAGAUCCCCUAGAACUGCUGUUGAUAGGAGUGUACGGAGUUGUCAAUAUUAUCACCUCGACCAGUCUUGGAGACUUGAAACCAGCAACUUCAACCAUUUUGAUCGGUACAACUCUAGCAACGAUAAUCGGGUUUAUCAUUUUCUCCAUUUUCACUAGUAUCGUAGUCGGUAUCAUGCUGGAAAGAGCUGAGGAAACAUUUCAGUACCGUGAAAGUGUAGGGCAGCUGAUGAAGUUCUUCAACAGCAAAAAAUUGAGUUCUGAGUUGAGAAAGAAGGCUUUCAGACAUUUCAAAUUAACAUGGGAAAGGACUGGAGCUCAGGGAGACAGGUUCCAUUCAAUCCAGAAAAUGCAAGCUGAAGUACCACUACUAAAUGACAUUCUGCUCAAUUAUUACCAGAACAUCCUCGAGGAAGUACCGUUAUUCUAUGAUUUAGACACCAAUCUUCUUAGGUUGUUUGUGGACAAGAUCCAAGUGAAACAUUUCAGAAAAGGACAAAUCAUCGUGAGACCCAAAGACUUGAUUCACGAGAUUUUCAUCGUUGCUUCCGGUCAAAUAGAAGUAAUUUCAGGCCACGGACAAACGGAAAUCUUGGAUGUUUCUGGCAUAUUCGGUAACAUACAGAAAAGUGUUUACAGCAGAAGUAGCAUGAGCGCUGUUGCCAGAAGGAAUGUGGAGUUGUGGGUCAUCAAUACUGCUGAGCUGUUUGACGCUGUCAAGUACUAUCCGGUGGUACUGGACGAUAUGGAUAACGUGUGGAAAAAGAAGUUGUUUUACAUGUCCUCUUCAGUCAGGGCUGACGAUAUCUCUAGUCAAUCUCAGGAGGUUGAUGUGGUAGAUCAGAUGGAAUCUGAAGUAGAGGAGAUCACAAGGAAAUCCAGUAUUUUACUCAGAAAGUAUAAGCCAGUGCAGUUCUGUAUCCCACAAAGAUGGUUCAGAUUCGCUUUAGAACCAAACCACGAUGUUUUCAAAGUUUUGGAUUUCAUCACAGUAUUUUCGAGCAUCUUGAACAUAUUUGCAAUACCAUACAUUUUCGUCACCCAAGAAAACAGCAUGGUGGAUUACAUUCACUUGGUAUUCGAACCCGUUUACUACGUGAGGAUUUUCUUCAAAUUGCAUCAAAGCCACAUCAAUUUCUACGGAAAUCUGGUGAAAACCAACAGCAAGAUUUAUCGAAGAUAUUUGAACAGCUCGAGACAAGUUUUCUGGGAUGUUGCACCGAAUCUACCAGUGUAUCUAACGUGCUUCGUUUUUCCAAGAGAAGAAUGGUUUUUUUCUUAUUCUUGUCUCAGACUGAUCCACCUUCUGAGAUUCGUUUAUAUCUCGGAAUAUUUCGACACUUAUUGCAAUACACUUGGUGCCAAAUACUGGCUUCCACUGGCAAAAUCGAUCCUUUACUACACUUUUUUUAUCCAUAUCCUUGCUUGCAUUUGGUUCAUGAUGUCUUGUCCAUUCGAUAACUGUCAUCCAGAUUCAUGGAUUUUCAAAUUUGGAAACGACGUUUCGGCCACGAACGUUUGCUACAGGGUGGUCCUGUCUUACUACUUCGUGUUAUCUCUGUUGACAACGACGGGUAUUGGAGAUGUUUCGCCAGAAAAUGUUUUGGAAUUGUGCUUUGCAUUGAUCACGAUUCUGAUUGGAAAAAUCAUGAUAUCAAAUAUAAUAGGGUCUGUUUUGCGAUAUGUUUACCAGUCCGAAAAAACACAUCUGGAAUAUGAGCGUGAUUCAAAACAAUUAGUACAAUACCUGAGAAACAGAAAUGUAUCAGAAUACUUGAUUCAACGAACUUGGACAUUUUUGAAAAACCAGUGGGAUUACGAAAAAUGUUUACUCGCAUCGAAGAUAUUUGAAGAGCUACCCUAUACACUAAGACAGGAGAUUUCAGUAUCACUAUAUGGCGACUACCUGAGGGAAACUUUCUUAUUCAAAGACAUAGACGAGAACCUGCUCAGCCAGAUAUGCUCCAAACUAACCCCGCGCACCUUCUUCAAGCACGACUACAUCGUCAAGCACGGCCACAUGGACUCCACCAUGUACUUCAUUGUACAGGGCGAGGUGUGCGUGUCGACCAAGCACGACGACCUCACCGAGACGCGUCACGUGAUCCUUCACGCCAAAGACCUGUUCGGAGUGUCCCAAGGACUGGACCUCGAGGCACACCACAACUUUUGCUAUCGGCCGCAGGGCAGCGAGGUCGAGGUGCUAACGCUCAGGUUCGACGAUUGGGCGUACAUGUUGGGGUUUUUUCCCAAGGAUAAUGUCAAGAUUUUCAGCAGGGUGCAGAACGCGUAUUUGCAAUAG